ACAUGAGAAGGGUGACGAAUCCAGCCAAUGGGUGAGGAGCAUUGAUGUCACGUGCUGGCAAUUGGCAGCCGCCAGUCAUUGAGAGAACGGCUUGAGCUCACGUGAUGUUGGUGUCACAUGACUGCUACCCGGUUGCCUCUUGGCCAAUAGGCGGCCGUCUCCCUCUCACGUGACUCAGGACAUCGCUGCGGGGAGCUGGGGACUGGCGCUACGGCAGCCGGGAAGCGGCGAUGUCGGGGGACGGCGAACGCUCCCCGUUGCUGCCCGCGGAGCUCGGCGAGCCGGGCACUCCCGGGGCGGGCGGUGUCCUGGCCGGGCCUGUCGGGCUCGUGCCCUCCGCGCCGCUCCCGCCCUACGGGGGUCCCGCCGCAGAGAAGCCGGCCCCGCCCCAUGGCUUCCCACCAUUCCUGGACGGGCACCCAGCCGUGCUGCAUGGCGAAGACCCCCCGCCCUACUCACCCAUGGCCAGCCCUGACAGUGGCAGCACCCCCAUGAUCACCUGCCGCGUCUGCCAGAGCCUCAUCAACGUGGAGGGCAAGAUGCACCAGCAUGUGGUGAAGUGCAGCGUCUGCAACGAGGCCACGCCGAUCAAGAACGCCCCCCCGGGGAAGAAGUACGUGAGAUGUCCCUGCAACUGCCUGCUGAUCUGCAAGGUGACAUCCCAGCGCAUUGCCUGUCCCCGGCCCUACUGCAAAAGGAUCAUUAACCUGGGUCCGGUGCACCCGGGGCCUCUGAGCCCUGAGCCCCAGCCUGUGGGAGUGCGGGUCAUCUGUGGACACUGCAAGAAUACUUUCCUGUGGACAGAGUUCACAGACCGCACCUUAGCCCGCUGCCCGCACUGCCGCAAAGUCUCCUCCAUCGGGCGCAGGUACCCCCGGAAGAGAUGCAUCUGCUGCCUCCUCCUAGGUGUCCUAGUGGCGGUAGCUGCCACAGGCCUAGCGUUCGGCACGUGGAAGCACGCCCGGCGGUACGGUGGGAUCUACGCCUCCUGGGCGCUGGUCAUUCUCCUGGCUGUGCUGUGUCUGGGCCGGGCCAUGUACUGGGCCUGCAUGCGAGUCAGCCACCCCGUCCAGAACUUCUCCUGAGCCGCCCCCAGCCCCUGCUGUGGGGAGCCCCGCCCAUCUCAGCCAGCUUCUGCCCAGCCCCCUGGUCCGCUCCUGUGCCCCUCGCCUUGGUCCUGCUUCCCUCCCAUCCCACCUAAGCAGGAGACCCCCACAGGAUGUGACCAAUGGAGGCAGCUGCAGUGGUAUCAAGGGCAAGGGGCCCCACCAGCCCAAGAGGGCAGUUGGACUAUGGUAGCUCUGUCUGGACCAACCCGAGAGGGAGCUGGAUUACAGUGGCUCAGCUGGGACCUACCCAGCAAAGGGACGCUGAGUGACAGAGAUGGGACCUGACACCCGCCCCCCAGCCAAGAGACACUGGGCAACAGAGAUGGGACCCCCUUUCGCCCCCAAGGGACACUGAGCGAUGGAGCUGGGACCCACCACCCAGGAGACUUCACACACCCGAGGGACGCUGGGCAACGGAGCUGGGACCCACCACCCCCACCCGACGGACGCUGGGCGACAGAGCUGGGACCCAUUACCCCAGAGACCUCACACACCCAAGGGACACUGGAUGACGGAGACGGGACUUUCCACCCUUGAGACCCCACGCACCCAAGGGACACUGGAUGGUGGAGCUGGCACUUACCAGCCCCGACACCCUGGGUAACGGAGCAGCGACUCUCUGCCCACGAUGAGGUGGCCAGAGGGAAGAAGGAAGCCCCCAUAGCUGCCAAGUCACUGGGGGUCCCAUAUCCAUCCUGAUGGGGACACUGCCACGCCCAGCACCCCCUUGGCCUGCAGGGAAGUGGGGCGGGAGGGGGGCCCCCCAGCUGUGGGGGCAUUGAGUACAUUCUGGGGGGGAUGGGACCUAUUGGGGACGGGAGCUGACACCAGGGGACAGGGGUGAUGAGUAGGAUUCAGCUUGCUGCUGCUUCAUGGUGGGUUCAUCUCUUAGGCCACUGUUCACCCCACUGAUCUGUGCUCUGUCAGGCCUGCCCCCCAAGCCAGCCAGUCCUCUGCCCUGGGGUCACAUCAGAGCUGGUGCUCUCUUGAGGGAACAGACCCCAUGUCCCAUUCCCUUCCUCCCUGAACCAGCCAGUCCCUGCCCUGGGGCCAGAUGGGAGCCGGUACCCCCUAGAAGGGAAAGGCCUGUGCCCUGGCUCUGUUUAGGGACCAAAGCUAACCUUUAUUUGGGUGGGAGAGCUGGAGGGGAGCAGCCCCUGCCCUGAUCUCUCCCCCCCCCCCCACCCCCACCCCGAUGCCCAGGGGGAAGCUGCUCUGGGUUUGCUCUCUCACCCCCCCCCCCCCCCCCCCACCCCGGCUGCUCUGGUUCUUUGCACAUUCCUGCAGGGGAGCCAAUGGGUAAUGCCCCUGUCGCAUGGGGGCCCUGAGCCUUCCCAGCAUGCCUCUGAGCUCCCCCACAGGGCCACCCCUUCCCAUCCAGCCCCUGCUCCGACUGGGCUGAUCGCUGCAGCCUGGGGAGCAGAGUGCUGCCCCUAUUGCCGCACGUGGGGGGUGUGAUCCUAACUCAACCCCCUCUCCCGCCCCCUAACUCCUCCCUUCCCCACACGGCCCUGCACCAGCUCCCUUGGCUGGGCCCUGCCUCCCCUGGUGUGGGGUUGGGGACCCCAGUGGGAUGGGGCAGUGGGGUGGAAAGGACGGGGGGUGAUCUGCCUGGAGGGUUGGUGAUGAGGGGUGCCUGGUGCUGGCCUCCCACUCGGGGAGGGAGAACAGAACGUCUCCGGCCUCGGUUCUUCAGGGAUCUUUGGGGGGCUGGGAAAUAGGGUUCACCCCCUUUCCCAGGGCUCCCUGCUGCUUUGGCUUGUACAUACUGACCACUCCCCUGUACAUAGCUAUUUAAAUCCAGCCCCGGGCUUCUUCCCCCAUUUCCCCUCUGCCCCCCACCCCGUGCAGUGCUACUUUAACUCGGUGUGUCUGUCCUGGGGGAGGGCUGGCCCAACUGAUGGAUGCCCUCACAGUGUAAAUAAAGAGAUUCCGUACGGCA